GCUUAAAUGCCACGUUAUAACACUCAACAACUGCAUGCCCUAUUCGUGUCUCACAAAAUAGUCUCUUUCUUAGCUCUAUCUUUCCCUAAAUUUCACCAACUCCCACAUAAUAUUUCUCUUCUUCUUCUUCUUCUCUGUUUUUUCUGGUUGAGAAGAGCUGAGAGAAAGUGACCAUGGGAAGGAAGAGGAGUUCACCAGUGAAUGUUCUCUUUGGCUGGUUGAGAAGGCAGACCAUGAAAAUCAAGAUCUUUCUUGGUGUCACAAUUGGGCUAUUUUCACUUGUUGCUUUGAAGCUCACUGUGAAAAAUCACAACCACUUCUUUGUUGCAUCUGAAGCUGUUCAUGUGGCUGGAAUUCUGGUCCUCAUUUAUAAACUCACCACUCAAAAGACUUGCUCUGGUCUCUCAUUGAAAUCUCAAGAACUCACAGCUAUGUUUCUAGCAGUGAGACUGUUCUGUAGUACUCUGAUGGAAGGUGACAUUCACACAAUUCUAGAUUUUACCACAUUAGUUUCCACAAUUUGGGUAAUUUAUAUGAUAAGGUUCAAGUUGAAGUCAACAUACAUCAAGGAGCUAGACAACUUCCCCUUAUAUUAUGUGGUGGUGCCUUCUGCUAUACUCGCCGUGGCUAUUCACCCCUCGACACAACAUUUUCGCAUAGGCCGAAUACUUUGGGCUCUCGGCGGGUACAUGGAAGCUGUUUCGGUUCUGCCUCAGCUUCACUUGAUGCGAAACGCUAAGAUGGUUGAGCCUUUUACAGCUCAUUAUGUAUUUGCACUUGGUGUCUCAAGAUUUUUGUCAUGUGCACACUGGAUUCUUCAGAUUUAUGAGACUGGUGGGAGGUACUUAUACUUGGUUGGCAGUGGCUACUUCUGGUUCUUGGCAGCUUUUCUUGCAGAAAUGGUCCAAACAUUCAUCUUGACUGACUUUUGUUACUAUUAUAUGAAGAGUUUCAUGCAAGGGCAGCUUAUAAUGAAAAUGCCGGUUUAGAAAUCAAAAUCUCAAAAUUGUUGGGAAACAAUGUUGUACAUUUUGUUUUUCUUCCUUGUAUGAAAGUAUGGAGUUUUUGUGGAAUUGCAACCGAAAGUUGUCAUGAUUUUGUUUUCUCUUGUUUGUGCUCCUUGUUUUUUACUCGGUUCCUUUAUAGUUAUUUAUGUCAUUUUUUAGCUA